UCUGUGAGCUCGGGAACGAUGAAAUGCCAGGUCUGCUCUGCCUCUGGGGACAACCAGGCUGUUGUACAAUAAUGGGAACCAACGCUCGCUCGGCUCGGGGGCAAUAAUAUCCAACUCAGGAAGCAUCGGGAAAACACAGGGGCUCCACCUUUUUCCUUUUUCCCUGUCUACUCACUGCUGUGCUGCUGGUUCCAGCUUCAUGUGGAGGAAGAAGAGGCUGCUGGUGACUCCCCUGUCCUCCUCCUCCUCCUCCUCAUCCAUCCUCUCUGGAACAGGUUGAUCUUUUUUUUUACCCACUGCUCCUUGGAUUCUCACUCCUCCAUGUAUGAUAACUUGUACCAGCAUGGAUUUGAAGACUCUGAGGCGGGCUCAGCUGAUUCCUACACAAGCCGACCGUCUGACUCGGAUGUUUCCCUGGAGGAGGAGAAGGAGGGCGGCCGGCAGGAGAAGGAGCAGCAGGCCACCGUCCAGCUCGAGAGGGCAAAGACUAAAGCAGUGGCGUUUGCAGUGAGGACAAACGUCAGCUACUGCGGGGCUCUGGAUGAAGAUGUUCCUGUGGCCGGCACCGCCGUCUCCUUUGAUGCUAAGGACUUCCUCCACAUCAAAGAGAAGUACAACAAUGACUGGUGGAUCGGGCGGCUGGUGAAGGAAGGCUCCGACAUCGGCUUCAUCCCGAGCCCGCUGAAGCUGGAGAACAUCCGCCUGCAGCAGGAGCAGAAGAGAGGGCGCUUCCACGGCAGCAAGACCAGCGGGAACUCCUCCUCCAGUCUGGGAGACAUGGUGUCGGGAACAUUCAAGCCAAACCCAAACUCUGCAGGAAAGCAAAAACAGAAAGUGGCUGAGCACAUCCCUCCCUAUGAUGUGGUUCCCUCCAUGAGGCCGGUUGUCCUGGUGGGACCCUCCCUCAAAGGUUACGAGGUGACGGAUAUGAUGCAGAAGGCGCUGUUUGACUUCCUGAAGCACAGGUUUGACGGGAGGAUAUCCAUCACAAGGGUAACAGCUGACAUAUCUUUGGCCAAGAGGUCAGUACUAAACAACCCCAGUAAGAGGGCCAUCAUUGAGAGAUCCAACACCCGCUCCAGCCUGGCGGAGGUCCAGAGUGAAAUAGAGAGGAUCUUUGAGCUGGCCCGGUCUCUACAGCUGGUGGUGUUGGACGCAGACACCAUUAACCAUCCUGCACAGCUCAUCAAGACGUCAUUAGCACCCAUCAUCGUCCACGUGAAAGUGUCCUCACCCAAGGUCCUUCAGCGGCUGAUCAAAUCUAGAGGGAAAUCUCAAAGCAAACACUUGAACGUGCAGCUUGUUGCAGCAGAGAAACUAUCACAGUGUCCUUCUGAGAUGUUUGAUAUAAUCCUGGAUGAGAACCAGCUGGAGGAUGCGUGUGAACACCUGGCAGAGUACCUGGAGGCGUACUGGCGUGCAGCACACACUUCACUAAGCACGCCACUCAACCCCCUGCUGGGCCGCAAUCUGGGCUCCACUGCGCUCUCCCCGUACCCCGCUGCCAUCCAGGCUCAAAGAAACCGCAACAGCAACCACACAACAGCAGACCUGUCGCCCGUGGAGCGCCGCAGCCUGAUGGGGGCCGACGAGAACUACCACAACGAACGGGCGCGGAAAAAUCGCAACCGUCUGUCCUCGGGAUCACAGCACAGCCGGGACCACUCGCCUCUGGUGGAGGAGGACUACCAGGACCCCUACCAGGAUGCUUACCAUCCCCAUCGUAACCGAGGAUCACCAGGAGGCUAUAGCCAGGACUCCAGGCACCACUGAGCUGUGGCCCGCUGGAAACAAAGCGUAGGCCGUGGACAUAAAGGCAGUAUUUGCUGUAACGUGAUGAAACUACUGCACUCAUUUGGACUGUAACAACCUUGUGUCGAUGUGUAGUACCUUCAUUUUACCCUUUAGGGCCUCUGCUGGUGCCAAUUGAGCAUUUGAACUUAAAAACAUAAGAGUCCUGCUCUUGCUUUGAUGUGAACAAUGGAAGGGACUGGAUGAGAAAGUAGCACAAGAGCGAGUUUUUAAAUGAGCUAAUCUGAAUACGCCCCAGAUGUGAAGUACACUAGCAGGUGAUGGUGCGCGACAGCUGUUACAGUAGCAUGCAGACAGGACUGGUAUUAUAGGUCACUUCCUGCCUCAAACCAGUGCCACACAGGACCAAGAGGUGAUGCCCAGCACAGAACCUGUUUGCACGCCUCCAGAAGCAGGUUUAAGAACAGUAUAAUGCAUCUUUUAAAGUUUGUGUGUCUGCGAUGUGAGUGUAAUAAAUCUGUUUGAGUUUCACACAUUUGCUUUUGAAGUGACAUAAAUGGUGUUGUGGUGAUCUUGUCAGGGUUCAAACAGUAGCUCCCUGGGCCCUCUCUUUGUUAUUUUUCUGAAUGCCAUUAACCAUAUCAAGACAGUCAUGCAUAUACUUAUUUGAAAGCUCCAAACCUCAGGAAUGAGAAGUCCUUUAGACCUGGAAGUGUGCGGACAGAUGUAGCGUUUAUCACCCAUCUGAUGGGGAAUCGAUUCCAUGUUGGAUUGUAAAGGACUUAUUAUUAUAUUACUAUAUCUAGGGAACUCUUCCAGGAUAAGAAGUGGUCAUGCCAGCAUGUUGUUCAUGUGCCAUGCAUUAAUCAGCUGUUUCCUGUUAUGUGUUUGGCUGGACAUCAUGUGGAAAAGAUGGAGUUGGAUUUUAGUUAGUGACUUACAGUAUAUUGAGGGCUUCCGUGUGUAAAUACAGUCAACAUAAUCUAACAGAAACUUUAAUGUUCACUUUCAGUGCAGUCAAUGACAGUCCAAUCAUUACUAAUUUUCAGAGCCUUGCAUACAGCUUCUUGUUUCCGAAAAAACGUAGGUGGCGAAGUCCAUAGGGACUUGGGAACUGGAAGUUCACCGGUUCAAAUCCCAGAAAGACCAGGUGCUACCGAGUUGUCCCUGAGCAAAGCACUGCUCCCCGGGCACCAUACAUAUGGCAGCCCACUCUUAACACUACGAUAGAUCAAAUGCAGAAUGUAAAUUUCACCUCUGUGGGACCAUUAAGGGUAUCUUCUUCUUACUGGUUGUAAAAGGUUUUAAGAAAUAAAUGAACACUGAGUAGCAAUUUAUCAGGCAUCCAUGUUCAUAUUUCCAGCUGAAGACUUUUCAUUGUGUUUAAUUUGUGAUGCAUUAAAGACUCCUAUUGGAAAGCACUUGGGCAGGAUGGCGCUGUAUUUGUCUCAAUGUGUCCCAUGGAAACAGCAGCUCCCCUACACUUUUUUAAAAUCAGAUGAAUGCACUUGUAUGCUGCCAGCUAAUACACGAUCAAUAUAUCAGACGCCUUUAAUGACAUGCAUCUUAUAACUAAAUGUUUGUUGAAGUUUCUCAACAUUUUAUCCGGUUCGUUUAGGCCCGCGAUCUCAUUGUGCUUCAGUGAGUCUGGAAAAGGAAGAUCAACAAGGAGACUUUUGUUCUUAUCUGCCAUAUACAGUAGCUUUUAUUGUUGUUGUUUCAAAAUCUGAGGCGACAAUUUAAAAGAUUUGAAUCCUGCCUGUGAGAGAAUGAUGCAUUGAUUAGAGAAUUUGUGUGCACUGUAAUUUUACAAUUGUAAUGAAAUAAACUGCCCUU